AUGCCAAAAUCCGUCACCGGCGCGUUGGAGGGAGCGGGCGAGCCGCAUCGCCCUGUCGCCCGCGAAAUUGACUUUGUCACUGCUGAAUCGAAUGAAUUAAUGUCGCGCCAAAAAGCCAGCGAAAGCAAGACGUCCUUUGGAGUGAAGCCAAUAAGUCGGGAGCGGGCCUCCGAGUCGACCAUUACUUCAGCCCCGGACGACGAUAAAACUCGCCCGGGACGCGCACGCAGCACUAUCAAUCCUAUUCCGCACUAUCCGCCGUCUCCAUCUAAACACGGCGGCCAUUUGCCACGG